AUGGUAUUAUAAUUGGCUAUACCUGCAAGAAAGUCUAACCAAACAAAUAAAAAGUGUACUCCUCUAUUAAUGCUCUUUUCUUCCUAACUUUCUACUAUACUUUCUAAAACUCCAUUUAAUACUCGGACAAACACACACACACGCACAAAAAAACCACAUAUUCAUCAAAAUCCAAGAAAAAAAUUAGCAAAAACUCAUCAAGAAAAAGAGAAACUCUCUCUCUCUCUCUGUUUUUUUUUUGAUCUCUAUGAUUAAUUUAAUGUUAAUUUAGAGAUGAUGAAUCAAGAAGAAAGAUAAGAAUCUUGAAUCAAGAAGAAAGAUAAGUAUCUUGAUCCGAAUAGAAGCAAGAAGAUGAAGAAGGAGAAUAUUGAAAGAAGCAAAAGGGAAAAAUACCCUUUAAUUUCUUAUCAUGAAUUGCCAGAGUACAUGAAGGAUAAUGAGUUUAUUUUGAAUUAUUAUAGAGCUAAUUGGCCUCUCAAAGAAGCGUUUUUCAGUAUUUUCAGUUGGCAUAAUGAAACUCUUAAUGUCUGGACGCAUUUGAUUGGAUUUAUUCUAUUUAUGGUAUUAACCAUAGCUAAUGCAGAGCAUAUAUCUCAACUUGCUGAUUUUAUGACUAUGUUUAUCCGGAACAUUCCGACGAAUGGAGAUGCAAACAUCUCUAACAAUUCAAAGGUUUUUUCCCAGGGAGAAACCAGGCUAAUUGACCAACACUUACAAAUGGACAUUACAUUAUCACAAAGUGCAAAAAAUGAAGCAACUUGGCCAUUCUAUGUAUUCUUAGCUGGUGCAAUGUUCUGUCUUUUAUCAAGCAGCAUUUGCCAUCUCUUCUCAUGCCACUCACAAAAAUUGAACCUUUUCUUGGUCCAAAUGGACUAUGUUGGCAUUACGAUCAUGAUCAUCACAUCCUUUUUCCCACCAAUGUACUAUAUCUUUCAAUGUUCACCACUUUGGCAAAUUGUUUACCUCACUGGGAUCACAAUCUUGGGAAUUUGCACUAUCAUAACUCUGCUCUUCCCCAUGUUUUCGACUGGAAAAUAUCGAUCAUUCCGGGCCGGGCUCUUCAUGUCCAUGGGGUGUUUUGGCAUCUUUCCUGCAAUUCAUGGACUUGUGGUGAACUGGAAUGAUCCUGUGAGGAAUGUCACACUUGCAUAUGAAUCUGCCAUGGCAUUGUGUUAUGUAAUAGGGGCUAUUUUUUAUGUUAGUCGAGUACCAGAGAAAUGGAGGCCUGGAUUGUUUGAUCUAGUUGGUCAUAGUCAUCAAAUAUUUCAUACAUUUGUUAUUUUUGGCGCAUUGACACACUAUGGUGCUGCAAGGAUUUUCUUGGACCACCGGGCUCGACUAGGAUGUGAUAAUAGAUAGAGGACGAAUGAUGCAUUUUGAUAUAAUGUGUUAAGUUUGAUACAUGUAAGACCAAUAUAUCGUUAUGUAUGAAAAGCUAUGUAUGAGAGAGAAGAAUCUAGUGCAAGUUCUACGGUAUUUGGUUGAACUUAAUUAUUGCUUUGGUC